ACAACAAUGACUUCAGUUCAACGUUUCAGAGAGUUAAUCAAUGACCGACUAACUGCCGCUGCUGAAGAAAUAUUCCGACAUUUUCAAACUAUGAUCUCAGAGUACGAAGCAGAGAUCAACCGUCAGCGCAGACAGCUGGAUAUCAUUUGGAAACCUGAGAUAAAGUUACACAGAACAGAUGUCCAGCAGCAGGAGCUAGUAAUUAAAGAAGAGCAUCAGGGGUUGAGCUCCAGCGUGGUCCAGGAGCACCAGGAGCACCCAAACAUUAAAGAGGAGGGGGAAGCGUUCCUACUUACUCAUUUCCCUGUGCAGAAUGAUGAUGAAGAGAAAUCUCAGUUGUCACAGCUUCAUCAAAGACAAACUGAAGAGAACAGUGAGUCAGAACCCUCAGGCAGCAGCUCAACUGAACAGAUGAAAAGAACAGAAGCUGAUGGAGAGGACUGUGGUUUUAAAUGUCUAUCUGGAUCUGAUGGCAAGACUUCAUACUCAUCUGUAGCUGAAACUGAAGAUAAUGCUGAUUGGAAGGAGACCAGGAAAUCUCAGACGGACUUAAAUACUAUGAAAAAAAAUGCAUCUGUAAACAAUAUAGGAUAUAAUACUGGCACUAAAUAUAGCUGCUGUAAAUGUGGUAGAAGAUUUGGCCAAAAGCACCAUCUUCAGACACACAUGAGACGUCAUACUGGGGAGAGACCCUUUGGUUGUACACUUUGUGGGAAAAGAUUUACUCAGAAAGGCAAUCUGACAAAACACCUGAUAGUUCACACACAGAAAAGGCCAUGUAGUUGUCCUGUUUGUGGUGAAACAUUUGCACAAAGAGGAAACCUGACACAACACAUGACUGUCCACACAAGGGAAAAACUUUGUUGGUGA